AUGAGUGUUGCAAAUUUCGACUGCUUGCUAUCCAUUUUGAAGGAAAAGUUGCAGAAAUACUCCAAUAGAGAAGCGAUAGACCCAGAAACCCGGCUGGCCGUAACAAUAUUUUAUUUGGCACAAGGAUGCAACAUUCAUGUCCUGGCUUGGACAUUUAAAUUGGGUAUUUCAACGGUUCGUAAAAUAAUAUACGAAACUUGUGAUGCUAUUUGGAGCGAAUUGCAUGAAAUAUAUGUAUCGCCGCCAAACACAACGGAACUGAAAACCAUCGCGGAGAAGUUCUACAUAAAUUGCUUGGGAGCAAUUGACGGUAAACAUAUACAUAUAACCCGUCCUGCGAAUAGUGGCUCUUUGUACUAUAAUUACAAAAAGACAUUUAGCAUCGUGUUGAUGGCUGCAUGUGAUGCAAACUAUGUUUUUACGUAUGUAGAUGUCGGUGCUUUGGGAAGCCAAAGCGAUGGAGGCGUGUUUGCGCGAAGCAGCUUCGGGAAACAAAUUUUAGACGGAACUUUAAAUGUUCCUGGUGAUGCAUAUUUACCAGCCACGAUGAAUCUCUUUCCACAUUACUUCGUGGGAGACAGCGCAUUCCCACUUAGACCAAAUUUAAUGCGACCAUUUCCAGGGCAUAAUUUAACGCCAGACAAGGACAGGUUCAACACAAUGUUGUCUAAGGCUCGGGUUCAUAUUGAAAACGCUUUCGGUAUUUUAGCCAACCG